GUACAGUCGUGACGUGGACGGUUGCCAUGGAGAGGCCCGCUCGGUAGGCACAGCGAGCUGGCGCUAGGAGCCGCAGGGUCGGAGCGUGGCUUUGAAAACGCGACCGCCACCACCAUGAGCGGCCGAAGUCGGGGUCGAAAGUCUUCCCGCGCCAAAAGCCGGGGCAAAGGCCGCGCCAAAACCCGAGUCCGCGUUGCUCCUGACGACACCCCGCGCGUCCCGGACCCACCACAGUGCCAGAGGCUCGGGGAGGAGACCAAGGCGGCACAGGUGCAGGCUGGCGCGGGUUGGGGUGGCCUGGAAACCGCUGCGCCCGCGCCGCCCCUCCGGCUCGGGGACGAGGCUGCCUGUCGGCUCCCCCUGGAUUGUGGCCUCGCGCUCCGAGCCCGAGCCGCGGGGGACUGCGGGCAGGCAGCGAGUAGGCCCGGGCCAGGGAAGACCUCAUCUCUCUCGGAGCGCCUGGCAACAGACACUGUCUUCGUGGGAACCGUGGGGACUGUGGGAAGGCCGAAAAAUGCCCCCCGCGUUGGAAAUCGGCGUGGCCCUGCUGGGAAGAAGGCCCCAGAGACCUGUAGUGCAGUGGGGAGGGGGCCUCAGGCUAUGGCCGGUGGGAAGCUGAAGAAAGGGCCGGCAGGGGAGGGUACCUCCGUCUCUGCGGGAGAGGAAAAUAGAGUAGAGGACAAUGCAGGGUCAGGGCCCCCUGCCACAGAAGGCAGCAUGGAUACUCUGGAGACCGUCCAGCUGAAGCUGGAGACCAUGAAUGCCCAGGCAGACAGGGCCUACCUUCGGCUUUCGCGCAAGUUUGGGCAGUUGCGAUUGCACCACUUAGAGCGCAGGAACCUCCUCAUCCAGAAUAUUCCGGGCUUCUGGGGGCAAGCUUUUCAGAACCACCCCCAGCUAUCAUCCUUUCUGAACAACCAGGAUAAAGAGGUACUCACCUACUUGAACAGCUUGGAGGUGGAAGAGCUUGGCCUCGCCAGAUUGGGCUACAAAAUAAAGUUUUACUUUGGCCGUAACCCCUAUUUCCAAAAUAAGGUGCUCAUCAAGGAAUAUGGGUGUGGCCCUUCGGGUCAGGUGGUGUCUCGUUCUACACCAAUCCAGUGGCUUCCUGGGCAUGAUCUCCAGUCCCUAAGCCAAGGAAACCCAGAAAACAACCGUAGCUUCUUUGGGUGGUUUUCAAACCACAGCUCAAUUGAGUCUGACAAGAUUGUGGAGAUAAUCAACGAGGAACUGUGGCCCAAUCCCCUGCAGUACUACCUUUUGAGCGAAGGGGCCCGUGGAGAGAAAGGAAAAGAAAAGGAGGGCAGGCAAGGUCCAGCAAAGCAGCCAGUGGAGACCACUGAGCCUGGGGUAAACCAGUCCAACUGAUUCUGCACAAGUCUCUACUACCUCCUGCUGGACCGUUCGUGGCUUACUACAUGUGCGUUUGGCUGUCUGCGUUCUUUUCAUGUUGGCCUCUGUGCACUGUUGCCCCUUUAGGACUUUAGCUACAAGAAUGUGGCAUUUAUGAUCAUGUUCUUUUGCCUCCCCAUGGCCUUCAUUUUUACAUCAGUGUCACAUGUUAUGUGAUCUCACCCCUACUGUUCAUAUGUUAAACACAUACUUCAGAUGUGUGCUGCCUUUAUCUACAUUGCCUGGACCCUGUUCUUGGCUCUGGCCUUUCCUGCUUGUCUUUAAUAUGGACACUCACAAGUCAUCCUCCAGGAGGACCACUGCAUCCUCAAGCUCUACUACUUCAGGCCCAGUGAGUUGCUGGACUUCCUGUUCAUGCUGGCCAUGCAUGUCAUCUAUGGCAAGCAUUUGUGUUGCCACUGCAAAAUGAAGCCAGUGCACAUGGUAUUGGCCAUCAGCCAGAACUUACUGUUUCAUGGGCCUGGGGUCACCAGCCAAGGUGUCACCUCCUUUGUUACUGGCUUUGUCCUGGGGUCCAUGCUACCCACCCUGGUGGACAUCCAGCAGAAUGGCACUUGACUGCUGGACAUGCAUUUGUCUAAGGGCAAGAAACAGUAUGCCAUGUGUUCUGUACCAUCGUGAGUCUCUUCUUGCCUCUGGGCCUUCCUACUGGUGAACCUUCAUCAAGGUCCGCUCUAUGCCAUGCCCCCUUACUGUCAGGCCAUUGAGUUUUGUCUAGGUUGCUGUCAGUCCCAGUUGGUUUCCUGGUCAACAAGGACCUCAAGAACUGCCAGUGGACUCAGGCCCCCUGCCAGUGCAUGAGACACACAUCUAUCCUCCCUAGCCUUCCAGGAACCCUCCUGGCUGCUAGACUGAAGGGCGGGCUGGUAUGUGUGGACAUGUGUUCACUGUCACUAUGCUGUGGCUUCAGGUGAGGGUGGGGAUUGGACCUACAGAGAAUUUGGGUACCUUUGUCAACUUCCUUUAUCCCCUCUUGAGAUACGACCAGAGUGCCAUAAAGGGGUGCUGGGAAGAGGUAUUUAUGAUCUGUGGGUCUCUACCUGCUUGACUUCAUCUCACACACUUCUUACUUGGC